GAAAGGAUAGAGAGUGAUAGAAUAAAAAAAUGUCUGUAUUUCGCCAAGCGUAUUGCACUCUAAUAGUAUGUUUACUCACCUUCAACAUAGGUCUCAUGUUCGCUUGGCCGUCAUCAACAAUAAAGUUGUUCUCAUCGACAAACACAACUCUAAAUAGACCAAUGGGUGAAACGGAAAUGGCACUAUUCGGCAGUUUAUCCUCAAUAGCAGCAUUGAUCAGCACUCCUCUCUCUGGGUUCCUGAUAGAUGUUUUAGGGAGGAAAAAAUCAUGUAUUUUGUUUGCUUUGCCACAACCAAUUGCGUGGGCUUUGGUAUCAACAACUCCAAGAGUCGAUGUUAUUUUAGCAUCCAUCAGUAUUUCAGGAUUGGGUGGAUGUAUGUUCAUGAUAGCACCUAAUUUCAUCAGUGAAUUCUGCCAAGAAACAAUUAGAGGGACUAUGACAUCUGGAGCUAUUAUUUUCUAUGGAAUCGGUUUAAUGGUGUCCUAUAUCUUGGGCGGAUAUUUGAGUUACCAGAUCAUGAACUACGUGUGUUUAACGAUAUCAGUUAUUGCUGUGGUGUUAAUCAUAAUCCUGAAGGAAUCCCCUACUUAUCUAAUGAAGAAAGGUCUAGAUGAGGAAGCUGCGAAAUCGAUAGCGUUUUACAGAUCAACUAGUCCUAACUCAAAGCUAGUGAUGCAGGAAAUGGACUUAAUAAGAAGAACCCUUAACCCGAAAAUGGAUGACGUAACACCGGAAGAAGAAAAUUUAAAUCCCGAAUUGCAAACUAAGAAGAAAUUGUCCGUCAUUCAAUUUUUAAAAAAAUCUCAAUCGACACGUCGAGCGUUGAUCCUAGUUUUGAUGACAUACUUCACGACCAUCUUCCAGGGUCUUGUCGUGGUUCAAGUUUAUUCAGAACCAGUUUUCGAAGAAGCCUUACCGAGUAUGUCGGCGAAUUUGGCGAGUAUUUUGUUCGCAUUGACGAACACAAUAUCUGGUUUUGUUUCUGCGUAUUUGCUGGACUAUCUAGGAAGAAGGCCUGUGUCCAUUUAUUCGUCAAUAGCAUCAAGUAUCUGUUGUGUGGCUCUAGGAGCACAAAUACAUUUACAAUGGGGUCCUCUUUGGUUGACUGGGGUACUCUUAUAUGCCUACUGUAUAACGGCUACGAUUGGAGCCGGUACUGUGCCGUAUGUAAUUAUCGCUGAACUGUUCUUGCCUGAGGUCAAAGGAAUAAUGACGAUGUUAACCGUCCAAUGGGCGUGGAUUUGCAACUUCAUAAUACUCUUCAUAUUUAAUCCCCUGAACGCAGCGAUUGGCUUGGGACCGGUGUUUUAUAUAUUUGGAAUAUUCAGCUUAUUGUCGAGUAUUGUCAGUUUUAUAUAUUUACCAGAAACGAAAGGACUCACAGUUGACGUCAUACAGACAUUGUUGGUUAAAGCGAAGAAAUCAGAGAAGGCAUAAUAAACAAAUGAAAAUAAAUCUAUAAUAGACCUGAUAUUUAAAAAAAAUAAAUAAAACGAAUGUUUUUAUUGCUCAGAUUCACAGGUCAUAGUAAUUUCCUUUGCCAUGAUUCGAAUUAAAAAAAAAAAACGAUUGAAUUUUUUAUAAUGUUUCUUAUAAUGAAGAUUGAAAUCGUUAACAUUAUUAUAGCAAAAUCAUGACCGAGCUGCUCCGUCGUAGUAUAAAAGUAGGCUAGUUUCGAGCAGAUGCUACUUAAUAGCAUGUAAAACAUUACAGCACCAGGAAUAAAGGAAGGAAGAAGGAAUAGAGAGCAGUGUGCUCAAAAGUUCGCAAAUUCUAAGCGUGUUAUUUGUGAGCUUGCUUUUUUUGGAAUUUAUUUUCAAUUCGAAGUUUUUUUUUAAAGACGAACUAAUGAUAUAUGUUGAUAAGUGGUCACCUUUACAUAUUUUAAUAACUUGUACACUGACGCACUCACCAUUCAAACCGGAAUACAAGUAAUUAUCCUUAGUCUGAGAUUAACCCGUGAGACGCUGAUCCAGGUGAGCCAGUAAAGUCCUAUCAUAUUUCAUCAAAAGAAAUAAAAUCAAUGAUAACAGAAUUGGCUAAUUCGUAACUAACCAAUGGAAUAUUUUCUGAAUUACGUGUCAUAGACAAUUCUGUAUCCGGAAACAAAAAUAAUAGUUACUUGGAUAUAGUAACCGGUCAUAAGUCAACGGAAGUCAAUCGAACCAUCUAUUAAUAAAAAAAUAACAUCAAUAGCUUUGCUAACGGUACUCAUAGGCGUUAAUUGACGUCACCUGGUACUCCAUUCCAAAAGGUCUUAUCAUAACGGUUUUCGUUGCGGUAAUUUGCGUUAUUCUUAUUUGUUAAAAAUUUUAUUUCUUUUUAAAAUUGUAAUAGUUAUGUGAUGUAAGGCGAUCGCUCAUUAAAUUAUAAUAUUUUGAGACCUAUUUAGAAGUUUGGAUGUUUUUUUAAUUAAUUAUCUGUGUGUAUAAAAGCAGAUGAUUCGCCAUCGUAACGCCAUCUAUCGAAAAUAUUAUAAAAAGCCUUAUUACAAUUGUAUUCAUCAGUUCGAUUCAUCAAUAUUCACUUCGUAUUUCACUCGUAUAUUAUCGACUUAUAUGAUACGCUAUUAUGAUACGUGUAGCCUAUACAUUUUGUAAUGAUAAUACUCAAUGUCCAAUAACAUUUUGAUAUUUCACGCUUGUGUUCUGGGGUGAGUUUGAUCCUUCUUGCAGAGCAGCUCUACAGAUUAA